UUCUCUAUAAAAGCUCAAAACCCCACUUCCAGCAGGCGGGAAAAAAUUCGCAGCGGGAAUUCAAAUGUCGUCCUACUCAUUUCCUGUUCUCUCCCUCUCCGAGAUCGUCUCCUUCUUCUCUCAGCUGCAGAUCGCCACCGUCAAACCAGAGGACCUUGCAAAUCCGACUGUCGAUUUCAUGACCUCCCUCUACACCGCCAUCCUCACUCACCUCGACCCGCUCGGGGAUGAUCCGGCACAUGCGGAUUUUGCCACGCUGGAGCUUCUGGAGGAUCCGGACCGGCAUGUCUAUUCUGUCCGGAUCGUCAAUCUGUACCACAAGAUGAAGGAUCUGGUUAACUCGGCCUGCUCUAUGAAUUUCACGCUGAAAGAUCUUGUCAGUCCGAAGCGUGACCGGACGACUGCAUUCAUCAGCGGGAUCAUCAAUUUGUGCCUUUACAACCAGGAUAAAUUGAGUACUUUACAACCGAUUAUGGAGAAAUUGGAUGGCUAUGAACAACAGCGUCUUGAGCUGGAAGCACAUAUUGCGAAGCUGAAGGAAGAAAUUGUGGACCAUGAAGAAGCGAGCAGAUUGGAGCAGCCUAAGGUUCAAGAGGUUGAGGCGGAGGUCAAAGAGUUGCGCCAGAACAUUCAAGUUCUAAACAAACAACAGGUAUCACUGAAGUCUUCUUUUCGGACGCUGAAGGACAAAAACCUGGAAAUCAAUGAUAAGAUAUCCAGUGCCGAUUUUGAAUUAGUAAAAAGUGCCCAAGAAAAUGCCAAAUUGCGAUCUAAAAUCGUUCAAUCACCAGAUAAGCUACAGAGGGCUCUGGAGGAAAAGAAAUCAAUUCGAACGGAAUUAACAAACUCUGAACGAUCAGCAAUGCAGUGCUUCCAAGAGAGGAAUUCUACUGUGGAGGUGUAUUCAAAGGCUCACAAAAAAAUGUCCAAGCGCUUGGCGCAGAUGCAGGCUCUACAGGAACAGGUUAACUCUGCAAAAACCAUUGAUAAAGAUGUUAAAGAUCUGAAAGCCAAUCUGAGUAAUGAGGCAGUGUCUGACAUGUCUCUAGAAGCAAAAAUAGUCGACCGGCAAGGAAAAUUGGACAAACUCGAGGAAUCCAGAAAGGCAAUGGAGAAAGAGAGAGAUCUGAAACAUGCAGAGGCUGUUAAGGAACUUAAUGCUGCGAAGUCAGAAAUGGAACUGAAGUCGCAUGAGCUUGACCAAAGGGAAAGGAAGGUUGAAGUUAUGGUUGCAGAGGGGGAUGAUAUAAAUAUGAGAAUUAGUUCAGUGAAAGAAUCUGGAGUGGUGACACGGCAACAACUGGCUGAUAAGUGUGAAGAAAUAGUGGCAGAGGUGCGUGUUUACUCUGACUCAAUCAGCCCCCUUCUGGGACGGAUCGAGAAUCUGGAGAUGGAGGUUGAUGAGACAAAGGGGAUGAUGCUUGGGGGGUUGCCACAUCAGCCAAUGAAGGAAGCUGUAAGUUUUGCUUCUAUCCCCAAUAGGUAAUGCUUCUAAUGCGUCUAAGGCUGGGGCUUUUCUAUGGAUUGCCAUUACAGUUUCUUUGUACACAUGAAGCCGAUUUUAAAAAAGAAAAAGAAAAAGAAAGAGAGAGAGAGCUUGUAAUCAGAUCUUGUCACGAAAAUUUAUUUGAAUCACUCCUAUUGUUCAGGGCAAUUGCUUUUUGUCU